AGUAUUUGCAGUGCGCAUGCGCGAGGUGGCUUUACAGUUCAAAACAAUGGCGGCAGACGAUUUCACCAUAACAGAGCAGUGGAUCAGAGACAAACUAAACCUACAACACAUAUGUCUAGCGGAUGUCCGAUCUUUGUCUCUUCCGGGAACAUAUGAAGGGAAGAUCUGUCACGUGGGAUCAGCUCUGAAGAACUUUGUGCGUCUGAAAACACUGGAUCUAUCCCAUAAUGCCCUCAUCACCGUGAAGGGGAUUGAGCAUCUGGAGUUGCUUGAGAAUCUAAAUCUGUAUUACAACAGACUGGAGUCUCUACGGGACGUCUUUUCACUGCACAAACUGCAGAAUCUGACGGAACUGGAUCUGAGAUUGAAUCCUGUGGUCAGGAGACACCCUCAUUAUCGCCUGUACUUCAUUCAUGCUAUCACCAAACUCCGCAAACUGGAUGAUUGUCCAGUUCGAGAUAGAGAAAGGAAGGCGGCUCUCUUGCAUUUCUCAUCGGAGAAUAAUCUGGAGCAAAUUCACAAGAAACAAGUUUUAACACAAGACGCAAACGGCAGAAGCAGCGAGCUCAGAAUUAAAGCAGUGGAGCGGAUGAUGAAGACCAUCUCGCUUCUCGAGGGCAACGAAGAAGCUGCUCUCAAUGAAGUCUACAAACAUCAAACUCUCUCCCCUGAAAUCUCUCAGGGGCCUGGUGCUCACGCUCAACAAGGCGCCCACAGAGUGACUUUCGUGAGUCCUGUCGCUGAAAGACGUCAUGCGGUGAAGACUCAGUCCGGUACAGUGCGAGGGCAGAGCGUCUUCACUCCUCACCCGUCUGAUCUCCACGGUACUUCUCACACAAUCUCAUUCAUGACCCGCUCUUCCCAUCGUUCAGUUUCUGUCGUCGUCUCAGACGCGCAUACACUUAACGCACGUUUACCACUUUGUGUCGCAGAGGGUGAACACGGAGCUCUUAAAAUGCGAAACCAAACAGAAAACAGUUCAAAUCCAGUGUUAAACCCACCCAGAUUAACCUACAGGACACAGGAUCCCACCUCUGGUAGAAGCCCACCGGCAUCAGAGAGAAAACCGCGCAGGGGAGCGUACAGAAAACCCAUGGAGCUUCUGCUCGGCGUGAUGGAGGAGCACUGGUCCGGAAAGAAGGAGAAUCACCACGAGCGGACGUUCCUCAUGAAUACGGUUCAGAUCCUCACCAUGAUGGAGAAUGAUGUUGCGGACGGAGAGCAGGAGAUCCAGACUCUUAAAGAAACGGUCAAGACUUUAAACUCUGAGGCUGAACUACAGAAGGAACAGCGUCAGGAUGAGAUCGGAUCAUUGAAACUUCAGCUUCAACAGGCUCAAGAAUCUAUCGAGUCUGUGAAUGGUCAACUGAAGACCCUGCUGGAGGAGAACGUGGCCUUACAGAAACAGCUCAUCAGAACCGAAGAGAAGCUGCUCACCUCACGACUAAAGAAACUGACGGACGUGAAGGACAGAGUUUCAGGUGAGCCGUGUGAAUCUGAGGAGCUGAACAGACGGAGGGCUCAGGAACAUCAGAUCCGGCCACCAGAAAACUACAAGUCUAUGAUCGCCAGAAAUGAAUGUUUGCUUCGACAGCUGGAAGAGGCUCUGAUGGGCUGAAGAUGUCGGCUUGUGUGCUAAAAGAAUGAGAGAUUUUUAUAUCAAUUAUUAAAAAGUCUUUUAAUAGACAGUGAACAGUGGGUCACAUCUCAUUCUCAUGUUUAUUUUCGCAUCUGAGCAUUCACACGUUUAACUGGAACUACACACAAAUAUAUAGAGUUUUAGUAGGUCUGUCACAAUAUCAGGUUUUCACUUCACGAUUUCUGUGGACAAACAAAUUUACAAAAAAGAUAUUAAUACAAUAUCUAUUGAAUGCUUUUUUAAAAAUAAAUAAUGCUAUCAGUCACAUUCGUUUCACUUUUAAUUUUUUGGCCAAUGAAUCAAACGGGAAAUGUUAAAUAAGUUAAAACAGAUGCUGUAUUAUCAUAUGUGUAGUAUUAACACAAUAUCAAUAAUUAUGGUUUUUAAUAUCAUGGUUAUAGUCAAUACUGAUAUAUUGUGAUCAGUGUUGGGUGUAACUAGUUACUAAGUAAUUAGUUACUGUAAUGUAAUUACUUUUCCCUUGAAAAAGUAAAGUAAGGCAUUACUCUUAUUUUUUCUGUAAUUUAAUUACAGUUACUUCUGAUGUAAUUAAACUAAAUACUUUGUGUAAUAUGUGUGUGCAAUAGUGGAAUUGACAUCAAAAUUUCAAAGUCUAACUUUAAAAUCUGUGCUUUAAUGUAUAAUUCUCACAUUUGUAACACUUUGGUCAGUUAAUAAGAGAACUUUAUGUAGUUUAUAUUAUUUAUUUGAAUGAAUUAAAAGAGGCGUUUCAUGUCUAUCAUUGAAUCACUUAACUCAUCAAGGUGGAUAAAGGAUAUAGAAAGUAAUUAGUAAUAAGUAACUAAAUACUUUUUGGAGAGAGUCAUUUGUACACUAAUCUAAUUACACUAUUGAAUAUGUAAGUAGUAACUAGUAAUUAAUUACUUUUUCAGAGUAACUUACCCAACACUGAUUGUGAUACCUCUAUUCUCUUUAUCUCUACAUACAGUUCUAUAAAAUAUAUUGAGAGGCGAAUUUGUUUUGUCAAAUACAUUAAAACAACACAAAUAUGAGUGAAUAAAAUAAAGAAUAAAAAUUAGGGCUGUCAAACGAUUAAUCGGAUCCAGAAUAAAAGUUCAUG